AUGCAUCUGGAGCGGGUAUCUUUUGGAUUUGGAGAACGGAUGAUGCCGGAUGUUCUGGCGAAGAGAAAUUGGAACUGCCCCGAGUCGAUUGAGCUCAAUAAGUGGCCUAUCAUUCUCAAAAGAUCCAAAGUCCUCAAUGCGGUCGUUGUCAGAGCCCUGACUGGACAAGUGUUUCAAUCCGUCAUGCACAUUCGGCAUACAGCGGUUCACCGCUUGCGAACAGACUCAGAUGGGAUCGAGCGAUUCUUAGAGGCGGCAGAGCUUUAUUCUAAGACUCUGGGUGACGAGUCGUACUCCAAAGCCAUGUCACAGCUCAAAUCAAAUGUCGAGUUGGUGAUUGCCGAUCUUCGACAACACAAGCUGCUUCUUCAGCAGCAAGAAGAAGAGACUCGGCUGUGGAUAGUGGAUCAGCGAGCAGAACUGGACCGUCUCGAGAAACAGGCUGUUACUCAUAUGCUUGUGGAAGAUGAAAAGUACCAAAGAAUUGCUGGGGAUAGACUGAAGAGGGUGAUCUUGCAUCUGGAAGGCUGCAUCGCUGCGCGUGGUUUUGAAGCGAAGGGAAACAUAGGCCAGGUCAAUGAUCAUGACCAAGUAGAUGAUGAAGAGGAAGAUGAGUUCUAUGACUGUGAGGUAUACUAG